AUGGUUGUUUCCGAUAAACUUCCCGGCCUAGAAGUCACUAUUCGAGUGAAUGGAGUCCAAGUUCAGGAAUAUAAUGAUGAAGAAGAUAUAGAGAUUGGGCCAGGACUGAGCGGCGAACAUCAGGCUUUGAGAACAGUAUCUAAGUAUAUUGAAGCUAUCGAUGGGGCCGAGUUCAGCAUUAUUUGCACUUCGUCACCCAAAUUCAAGUUCAAGGCGCCAAACCUUCAAGCAGAUGUAUCCGUUGAUGGCAAUUAUGCUCAAGGGAAAAUUAUCACACCCGAAGGUAUAGGAAGAUCCCCAACGCAAUUUGACGGCCCAAUCAAUUUCAAUCCCAUCGGAAACAAGUCUAUGUUACGAAAAUACAAGUUUUCUGAGCUCCAUAUAUCAAGUGAAGAAGGUCGACUUUCAAGCUUGAAAAAAGACAAGGCCGAAGCCGAGAAGCUUGGUACAAUCGAGAUUAGAAUCUGGCGCGUCUCCAAAUCAGUACCAGUGGAGUGUAAAUAUCGCAAUAUUAAGUCAAGUUCUAAUGAGUUCCAUGAGAAGGCGCUCAAAGGACAAGCAAAAUCACACAAUGUUUCGUAUUCCCCAGAAAUUACUACUUCCAUACCGAGUUACGUAAAUGUCACAAAACUCGACGGCGAAGGUUACCCCGUAGCCAUUUAUAAGUUUGAAUAUAGGUCUAAAGAAUCUCUUAAGCAAUUAAUGAUUAUUGAGCGGACCCCCGAACCAGAAAAUAGCCCAACACCAAGUCCUGCUCCAUAUGUUAAUCUCGAUAAUCUAACCGCAGCUCAAAAGGAGCGCCUCAAGGCAUUUCUACGUAACGAAGGGAUUGCUGCGGGCCGCGCUUCUAACACCCCCGAGAGAAAAAUCAAGCGUGAGCGGGAUAACGGUGAAGGCAGCUCAAACCAGGCACGACGAAAGAAAUCCAGAACUGCAGAGGUCGUUGAUCUUACUGCAGAUUCUGACGAAGAUUUGUGA